AUGGCACAAGGCUCACAGGCUUCCAUUGUUAAGAUCGCUGGCGCAGGGUUUCGGCUCUCACUACUCCUCAAUGCCGCUGCUUGUCAACUUGCCCAGUCCAGACUGGAAAUUCAUAGUAUCGCCAAGGGUAUCUCGCUUUUUGCUCUAGCACUCAGACAUGUUGGGCAGACUAUUGAGGGUACCGAUUUGGACCAGUCUCCAGAGGCAACAGAGAAGGCCUGGGAGAUCGCAGGACAAGGCCAGAUGAUAUUCAUCGAAAUCGAACACAUGUUGAACAGGUUGAAGGCAACCGAUAGCAACAAUGAUCUUAUGAGCAUUCCACUGCAGGAAAGACUCAAAUGGUGUUUCCGGAAGCACCAUGUCACAUAUCUGCUAGCCCAGUUGGAAUCUCUCAAGCUCAGCCUGAUUGUGAUCCUGCAAACUCUACAGCUUGGAAACUUUAUCAAAUCCAACGUUGAUGAUGGAAUUGAUACUGAUUCCCUUACAUCUACCGCCGACGAUGUCAUUGCCCAAGAGAAAGCGGAAUCCCAGAACAUGAUCAUCGUCCGGUAUUGGUCUAUCAAGCGUCUCGAUCGCUUGUGGGAUCUUGUAGAGCAGGAGAAUUCAGAUGCCGCCAAUGACCCAACAAACCAGAGGAUCAGUUCCAAUUACUCGUCCAAUACGAUAUCAGCAUCGAACCCACUGGCUGCCGCAACCAGACGCUCGGAUCCGACAAGGCUGCCCAUCAUUACUUUCGGAGACAGUGAAAUUGGACUAAUUGACAUAGAAAGGUCUCCGAAGGAUAUGGUGCAACUGUCUGAGAGCGCAUUGAACCGGCUGCUCUUACUCUGGGUGCCUUUCGUUGACCCUUCCAAACUACACCACGCCGGCAAAGGCUUGGACAUAUCUAACAAGCCAGUCCAACCUCGAGUAUACGUCUCUUCGGACACCGAAGAAGAUGAUACCGAAGAGCUAGACUUUGAUAGCCAAGACAACCGAGGUUACUAUCUCGAAGGAUCGACCGUGGACUGGAGGGAGCCUCAUUCACAAGAGGCCCGACAGCAUGCAGCAGAGCUACGCCGAAAGUACUCCAGCUACCAGGCUCACGUGGAAAGCGAGCCAGAGCCUGAUGAAUAUCCCAAGCAUCGAGAUAAACCUCGCAGUGAUCCAGCAGUAAUCGACUCAAUUGACGAGGGCGAGCAAAGGUCCGACACUGUACGGCGGCCCUCACACACCACAAAUCCCAUGCAAGGCCCCCGUUUCCAUUCCAACAGCCUGUCAUCUGGAUAUCCUCCAAGUCACAACAGUCCCGACAGCAGACCCGCCACAUACCCAAUCGGCAGCUUCCCUCCCCCGAACCAUGCUAUAGCCCGUCAUCCAUCACUGCCUUUGCACGCACAGCCGGGCCCUCCUUUCCAGCAGUCAUACAAAUACUACCCAGGCCAAGAUUAUUCUACAGCCCCUCGGUCCAUCCCAAUGAGAAUGAACCAACCCAACAACCCAGCCAUCACCAUCCCCAGUACAAACCCCUCCCCUAGAGGUUCAUCGCCAAAUCAAGUCCACUUCGAACCCACUUGGACCCGAAAUCAUACAUACAACAAUAAUAUCCCGAACAGCAACAACAGCAAACUCCAACUCCGCCACUAUCCAUCCGCAUACCCGCUUUCCUCCUCAUCACCCGAGUCUAGCUUCCGAGCCUCGCCGCCUCGCUCCGAUCAACGGUCUCCGUCGUCGCAUCCGCGCCGAUCCUCGCGCGAAGAAGCUAAGGAGCGACAUAAGGCGAUGACUCGUAGUGCUACGAGGGGUCUGGUGGGGAUCGGGGCUAUUGCUGGGUUUAUGGAUGCGUUGGAGGCCUUUUCAAUUCUGUGA